UGUGGGUUUCUCAUUGCAAAGCUGGCCAAUCUAGAUGCGUGGAAUGCGGCAGCGGGCACCCCUGGACCGACACGAGCCUCGAUGGGCUACGAGCGGUCAAACUCGAUAAGCAACGUAGCCAAUACGUUUGGUGGGUUCCAGGCUCAGAAUUUCGCGCAACAACAGCAACAGCAGCAACAAGCGUACCUGCAGCAGCAGCAGCAGCAACAGUCACGGCCAAAUAUGUCCGAGUUCCCGUCAUUAGGAAGUCCACCGGGCUUAUCAGCGGCGAUGGCGGCCCAGCAGCAGCAGCAACAACAACAGCUGUACCGGGCGAUUGCAGCUGCCCGGGGCGGCGACAGGCAAACAGAGUUCUCGCCCAAGCCCAACUUGAGCUCGAGUGACUUCCCGUCAUUAGCAGAGUCUGCAGAACAUGAGCCCAGCGCGGCCAAUGCCGGCGAUUCGGUACCAGCAGGCGCUGUGGGCGACCAGCAGGCGAUGGGCGGCGAGCGGCCACCGGUCGGCAGCAGUAAGGCAGGCAGCAUAGAUGCGACAGAUCGGUAUGGGAUGGUAGGCAUGCUGACAACAAACGACUACGGCUUUGAUACGUCCAAGUUUGGGCUGCCAUUGCCGUCAGCGGGACCGCUGUACCCGACGUUUGGCUCGCCGUGGGCCGACCAGAGCCAGACAUACGGGUUGAUCGAGCCCGACUUCAAGCUGCCAGCGUGCUAUAACCAGCACCAGCCGCCGCCAGUAGUGAGCAAGAUCCCUUCGCUGCAAGACGAGACACUGUUCUAUGUGUUCUACACAGUACCACGUAGCGAGCUGCAGCUGGCAGCGGCCGACGAGCUGUACCGGCGACAGUGGCGGUAUCACAAGGAGCUGCGGCUGUGGUUGACAAAGGAUGCCGAUUCGCGGCCGACGGCGCAGACACCGCGGGGCGAGCAGGGCGUGUUUGUCUUCUUUGACACGAACCUGUGGCAGAAGGUGAAGAAGGAGUUUCUGAUCCUGUACGAGCUGCUGGAGGACAAGCCCAGCGAGGCGACAGGGCGGACAGGUGCGCAGUCGGUACCACCUGCCCAGGGAUUGCAGGACUCGCAGCAGGAUUCGGCGGCACUUGCAGCCCAGCAGCAGCAGCAGUUUCAACAGCAGCAGGCGGGCAGCUGGCAACAAACACAACAGAUGAUAGCAGCUGGCAGCGGCAACAGCGGAGCGCAGAGUGCAGCUGUCCAGCAACAGCUGAUGAUGCUGCGGCAGCGGCAGGAGAGCAUGCAGGCCAUGCGCAACAUGGGCAACCCUGCUGCGGCUGCUGCUGUCAGUUUUGCCGGCCCGAUGCCAAUGGUAUCUGGAGCGCAGAUGAGCGACAGCAUGUUCAAUCCAGCGGUGGCGGCUAUGGCGGCGGCCCACAGCAUGGUACCCCCACACAUGGAGGGCGCCAUUGGGAAUGCAGCGGGUGCCUCGAAUGCGCCGGUUUCUUCGAGCAUUGCUGAGGAUGUGGCGGCAGCGUCCAUGAUGUGAUAUGCGUGUUGUAAUCCCUGCGCCUUCGUCUGAGCGCAUCUGCACACUGGGCGUCCCAUGUCUCGGCUUCUCCAGCCCUCCCCUCCCCUUACCUCCUUCCACUAGCCCUCCUUUUUCUUCUCCUCUGCCCUACAUUAAAAACGUCUUUGUUCAGCUGCUGCACAUGCUCCAUGUAGCCUCUGUGCGUGACUCGGGUCUGGUGCAUGUCAAGGCCAACCACGAACGCGGAAUGCGCAACUUGGGAAUACGGAAACGGCCAGCACCCCUCAUCCCGCUGCAGUCUAGUGAGCUCGCCAAGAGUGGGUGGCCAGAAAAGGAGGGAAAUCAUGCUCUCAGGCAGGGCCUGCUGACGUGUGGAGGGCAGGUAAAGGCUCGCUUGUCUCGCUGGCAUUUUUUAAAUACCCUGUCUCCUUCUUCUCCACACCAGCUUCUUUUAUUCUUCACCUUCAGCAAUUUUAAAAAAAAUCGU